CAAACGACUCGGCCGCAAGAUGGCGAUGAAAAAGCAAAGCAGAUGUUGACACACGAGCAGAGUUCUUUGGUUCACAGUGCAAAAGUUCAUCACUUUUUAAUAAUAAAAAUAAUUCGUAAUAUCAGAAGGAAUAAUUGUCAUAAAUAAAGAAGAAUGAUUCGGUGUUGGCCCAGCGUUGCUAAAUUGUACGAACCUCAUGAAAUUUGCGAAAAUAGGGUGACGUUCAUAAACGUCAAGUUGAAAUAUAGCAUCGAUGAAGAUUUCACUGUAAAUUAUUGUCUUCAAGAUGAGCAAUUCAAGUCUUCGACGAGAGAUUGGAUCGGUAUAUUCCCACGAAAUUGGUUAAAUCUCCAACAAUAUUUGACCUUCGAGUACACUCUUUCUUCGCCCCCUAAUGCUGAAAAUCCCAAACACAGAACAAUCACGUUUCCGCGUAUUUUUCAUCAUGAGGCUUUGCCGAGUAUCGAUUAUCAACUCGUUUACGUGAGUAAAGAAAUACAAAUAAUGGCUACAAGUUCGUACUUUCGUUUCGUGCGAUCAUCCCGCGUUGAUGACGGAAUAAAAUAUCGCCUCGCUGCUGCGAACGAGCCACAGCAGCAGAGUGGUCCAAUAAUGCAAGAUAUCGACUCAAUUAUUGAGAUCGUCGGGGACAAAGAUUCACCGUCGUCGCUGAUAAUUAAUGAUGAAAUAGCCGGGAAAUCGAUGAAAAGUAAAUGUGAAAUAACGAGCAACCGAUCGCGAGCGACGUGCCGAUACUGUAAUCGACAAAUAUGCGGAUUGAAGAUCGAUGCUCUUCGUAACGAGUCCGAAUCGAUAUGUUUAUGUAACAAACCGAUGGUACUACGUGUAUUGCGGAAAUGCGGGUCAUCUAUUAUUAAAGAUCGAUUGCAGGGGGAUUUUUUGGCCUCCUUCAGCGAUUCGCUCCUCGAUCGAGUCCGAAGAUUAGAGAGAGACUUGAGCUUGGCCGAGACUAAUUUGAAAAACGCAAGGAAUUCACGGGACAAAGUGGUCAAACGUUUGAAAGCUCACGAAGAUUUUCUCGCCGAAAUGUUGAACUCGGUUGAUGCUCGCGGUAGCGUUCGCUUGACCGAUAAAAAAGGCAACGAGGUUGUUCUUCGGCGCGCGAGGACGGACGAGUCUUCCGAUUUCCCCAGAUCAGAGAGUACCGGAAAAAAUGACGUUUUAGCGAACGAGAUUGUUCUAUUGAAAAACAUAAUUGACAAGCAGCAAAAAACAAUUGACCAUUUGAUCGAACACGGAAAUAUUGGUAUCACGAGGGAAAAUUACGUCAAAGUGGUCGAUCGUGAAAUUCAAACGACUCUAGCAUCGCCGGAGGAUACCGGCCUUGCAUCCUUGCACAAUCAUAACAAGUCGUCCCUCAUUGGAAAAGAAGAAUCGAACGAUGAAAAAAUUGGUGGCACAGCAGGCACACCGGAACAAGCACCAAACGGAGUCUCGAAUAUUGUAUCGAGAGUGGCGAUCGAAAGCCCGAUCGAACCGGCGAGAAUACUGAAAAUCCAGAAACCAUCGGGAAUUUUGAUCCAAGGAAAAAACGUCAAAUUCGCAAUCGUUAGGUUUUUAUGAGACGGAGCGCUAAAGCCAAUGAAAUUUUAUCAUUUCUUCCUCAAAAUUCAACUGUUGACUCUCGUCGUUUCGUCAUAUAUGCAUAUAUGAAUCCUUCGUUGAACGAUAAAGCAGCAUUCUCGAUCGUUGAAUAAAUAUAAUUAUUCGUUUAAAGAGCAGAUGAGAUCUCGCGCGCGGCGGCGGCAUCGACGUUGCCCCGAAUCCGCGCGCCUCCUGCCAAUGAUACGAUCUUUUUUCGCAUCUUCGAUCGCGAGAGAGUUCUCGAAUACCAAUCCAGAAUCCCGGUUGCCUCUAAAUUCAUCGAAGAUCGGUGCUACGAUGCAGCCGGCGAGAGCGACCGCGCCAGAAUCGGCUUACCCGCACGGUGUUGCGCGUACCGUCGAUACGCACCUUCGACCAGUAAGUCGUCUGUUCGACGGCGUAUAUGUAAGAAAGAGAAUAAAAUCCGAGAGAAGAGC